UGUCAUAUACUAACAGUGAUUGUUAAUGUUUGUACGAACAAGAAAUUGCUAGGAAUGUAAGAUGUAAAAUCUGAAUUGUAUAAUCAUAAAAUUAAUAUCAUACUUGAUUCUUCUUUAAUAAUGGGAGGUGGAGAUUUGGUAGAAUCUGAAAAAAUCAUGGCAUCCAUCUACUAUGAAAAAUAUAGAGAAGGUUUGGAAAGCGGAGCAACAACAACAUCAGGAAAAGAAAAAAAUAGCAGAAUUAAAGAAAGAAUUAGAAAUUGAGAAAGACAGAGAGGAUAUGAAAAAGUAUGCAAUGGAACAGGGUGUGAUAGAAAAAAAGGAUGACAAAAAAUUAGAUUGGAUGUACAAAGGACCAAAUCAAUUAGUUAAUAGAGAAGAAUAUUUACUUGGACGUCCAAUUGAUAAAUCUUUUGAGCAACUAGCUCAAGCAGAAAAGGAAGUAAACCAAGCUAAAAAUCAUGUUGAACAUGAAUGUAUUCCACCAUCACUGCGUUUCUUCUCUGGAAAUGAACAAGUUGACUUGGCCAGAAAGAUGCAAGAAGAUCCUUUGUAUGCUAUAAAGAAGAAAGAAAUGGAAACAAGGAGUCAGUUAUUGAAAAAUCCUGUUAAAUUAAAACAACUGAGACAGUUGCUGGAACAGCAAUCGAAGAAAAAUAAAAGUGAAAAGAAACAGAAGAAGAAGAAAAAACAUAAACACUCUGCAGAUAGUGAUGAUGAAUCACAAUUGGACAUGUUAUUAGUUACUAAAUACAAACAACUGAAAGAAAGGAUUAAUGAUAAAGACUUAAUAAAAUCUAUGAAAAAAGUCAAACAUAAACGAAAAAAGAAAUUAAAAAACAAACAUGAUUCCACUGAUGAAUCUGAAAGUAGUAGUGAAGAAAAUUCAAGUGAUGAAGAUGUAAAAAAACACAAAGGAAAAGCAAGCAAAAGCAGAGGAGAUAUUGAAACUUGGAAACAUGGUAAAGACAAGUAUGAUGUUGAUAAAAAGGAAAGUAAUAAACAAAUAUCUAAAAAACGUAUCAGAAGUCGUAGUUCAAGUACGGAAAGUAAUAGCAAUUCAGUUCAUAAAAGAAGAAACAAUGCACAUAGAAAAGACACAAAUAAAACUGAAAAUAAAAAUUAUAAUUCAAGAAGUCCACGAAGUAGGGAACACAGUUCUCAUAGAAACAAAUAUAAUCACAGAAGCAGAAAUGAAGAUAAAUAUACAUCAAGUAAAUUACAUCAAAAGGAAAUAACGCAUUCUAAAUCACUUACUGAUACAGUUCAAAAAAAUUCAAAAGAAGAAAAUUUAAACAAGGACAGAUGGAAUUCCAAAAAGAAACACACUCUUACAGAAGAAGAAAAAGAGAAACGUAGGCAAGAAAUGAUAGCAAAUGCAACGUGGAGAGAUAAGGAAUUAGAGCGGAAUGUUAAAAAAUAUCGUGAGGAAGAAAAGAAAGAGAUUGAUAGUAGUAAAGUAUACAAUCAAGACUUUGUUAGGAAACAAUUGGCAGUUGCUGCAGAAGUUGGCACCGUUGCGUCCAGAAUUAAAGCUAAUAUAAAUAACAUACAACGAUCUGGCAGAGCAAUGGAUACAAACUUUGCUAAAAGAUAAUUUUAAAUAACAAUUAAAUGUGUACAGUUGUGUAAAAGUUAAUUCAGUUUUUUGUAUAAAGUAGUACAGGAUUGCAAGUGUUAAAUAUUAAGAAAUAUAUUUUUUAACAUAGAAUAGCGUACUUUAUCAAUAUAAAAAUACACAUUUUUAGAUAGAUUUAUCAUUCUUUGCAAUUUCGAUGGUUUAUUUAUAUAAAAAAAACUUUUUUAUCGGAAAAA